CAAUAAAUUAGGUCUGUACUGAAUGCACCGGCCGUCUAGGACAUUGAUACGUGUGCCAAAAAACACAAAGAAUGCAAACAAGAGCAGAGAAAACAUUGAAAUUAACGCCGUGCAUCUUAUUUAAAUAAAAAUACACUCGCACUGAGUAAAUUGUAACAAAAUGAAAAAGAACAAAAGAAUUUAUAUUUUUGUAAGGUGCGUUUGUGCACACUUACAAUGAUAGCGGGCGACAUUAAAAAUAUUUUGUACUCAAAGUACUAAAGCAUAAACAAUACAAUAAUGGGACCAGAAAUAAACAACAUAACAGACAGGACAAAGUGCAUGUCAUGAGCGCAACGGCCUUAGUCAGGGCCGCCCAGCGCAGGCAGACGCGGCGCCCGACGCCAUGGGAAAAAUCAGGCUUCGCCGCCCCCGCCCCGCGCGCCCAUUGGGCCGCCCGGCGCCGCCCCGCGCCCCACCCGUGCCCAUAAAUACUACGCGGCUACGCGCAUCUCCUCAUUCCUCGCUCGCGACCCGCGGUAAACGCACGUCCGUCUAGCCCAGUGUAUUACGUGUUAGUGAACUCACGAUGAAAGCGAUAACAGCAGUGUGCGCGACCGGCGCCUCGGUCCCGGCCAUCGCCAGCGGCCGAGUGGAGCGGCACCGGGACAUGGAGAACGCGGAGAUCCAGAUGUACUUGUCGAAGCUGCAGGACUUGGUGCCGUUCAUGCCGAAGCACCGGAAGAUCUCGAAGCUGGAGGUGAUCCAGCACGUGAUCGACUACAUCUGCGACCUGCAGUCGGCGCUGGAGAACCACCCGGCGGUGGGCCAGUUCGACGCGGAGGGCGCGCUGGCGUCGCCGCCGCUGGCGCUGGCGCCCACGGAGCGCCGCCGGCGCCGGCCGCUCAGCCAGCGCGCGGCGCCCAACACCAUCCUCCGCAACACAACCUCCAGCCAGGAACACAGACAUCACACGACGCCCGAAAAGCAGAACCAGCCGGACAGGCCGUCGUGCUAAGUGAUGCGUAGGUUUUAAGGGACAAUUAAUUUAUGGUAAAGUAAGAUACCUCGAGGCGGCUCCCCGCGGCGGGCGGCCCGGCAUCAGUUCCAGUGAACAUCAUCUCGCGAUGAUAUCCUAUGUGCGAUCUCGUUACGAUCAGUAAACUACUUUAAUAUUAUAUUAUUGUUUGGUGGCAUUACGCUGAAGACUAAGUGCAUUGCAAUGCAAUCGCCGUCGUCACGACGAGGCGAACUGUUUUGUUAUAUUUUUAUGUAAAAAGCUUUACUAAUUAUUAUUAGACCGAUGUAUGUACAUUUUCACGUUUGUAAAUAGGUAUGUUGAGUGGUUUGUGUAACACCUAAAGGCAGCUUAACAGAUCCUUAAAGUAAUCAACUGGUUUCCUUUCCAAUCUCAGCUGUUUUUAUUCUGUAUCGUAUCAUAAAACAGUCUUAAAAAAGAAAUUUAUAAUUACGACGAAAUUCUGUUUUUAGAUAUUUUAUUAUAAAACGAUGCUUCCAAUUAUAUCAAAGAAGUGAAUCAAUUCUAAGUUGAUUUACGUUAAUAAUUUUAUUAUUUCUAAGUUAUGAUUUCAAGAGUGUGAUUUUGCAUGGCGAUUUUGUUUCUAUUAGUUUAUGAAGAAUACUUUCUAAGAGCAUAACGCAAUUUUUAUUAUUAAUUUAUAUUUUGCGUUAGCACAAAACUAUAUUUUGUAAAUAGUGUAUGUAAUAAAAGAAAGUUUAUAAAAAAAAUAGCGAAAAAUUAUCGAUUUGAAAAACUUUCAUGAUUUAUUUUGAAUAUAAGGUGAAGAUGCUUUAAUUAUCUUAUUAAUUCUUAUUACUUAUGGUGUAUUAUAAUUUAAAAUAGACUGUUAUAGUUUUAGAGGUGGUGGCCAGUGUGGCCGUAGUGGUGGAACAAAUUGUGUAGAGAUAGAUGUAUACAGUGGUAUGUGCCUGUGUGCAGCGCGCACACAGACACAACCUUCCCAGUAAAGUUCCGAUACGUCACAAAUUGUAUCAGUUUGAUAACUAAGAUUCACAAUUUAUUCGUCCAUGUUUUCCUUUUAUUUAGUUGUUAACUACGCACUGAUUUUUUCGAUAAGUAUCUACCGAUAAAUCAAUGAAACAGAAAAUAAAAAAAUAUUGACACUA